GUGAGUGAGUACAGGGGAAAGUUCAAAUUUGUUGAGUUUAGAAUACCAGUUGGAAGGAGGGCCUACAGGGCCGAAGCCAAGGCGAGUGCCGGAGAGUGCGACUUUGACAUGAAAACGGGAACGGUGCACUGGAGAUUCAGGGACUGUCUCUUCGGUAGGGAAAGCAUCAGAAUAGCAGUGUGCUCGCUUGACGAGGAGAUGGCAAGCGAGCAGAAAAGGAGCAGCAUAUCCGUGGACUUCAGGCUUGAGGAUGCCGACGAUUCGCCCGUUAGGCUCGUGAGCUGUGCGAACAUCCUCCGGCCCAGCCAGAAGUUCUGGAUGAGGUGCACGACACAGAGCCAGGACUACAGGUUUGCCGGUGUUAAUUAA